GUAGUCUCGUUGGGGUCUCAUGGCGCUAGGCCUCUGAGGCCGUGACUCAUCGGAACCCAAUCCUGAGAGAGCAAGCUUACUUUCUGUAUUCUGAUUGGAUGAUCAGCGCCGGAGUCCUUCCUCCCCUCGAGGAGUGUUAAGCAGGCCCCCGGGGCUGCUGGAUAAGUUAGGACUAGACGGAGGCUGCAAACUCCUUUUUUUGGCAUUUUCCUUUAGUCCAGGCCCCACAGGAACCGCGUGCAUCACCAUGGCCGAGUCCUCGCAGGCGUUGGAGGGCCUUACCGAUGAGGCUGCCGAGAGUUUCUGCUCCGACCCAGACCCCAGCACCAAGGAUUUCCUGUUGCAACAAACAAUGUUAAGAAUAAAGGAUCCCAAAAAGUCACUUGAUUUCUACACAAGGGUUCUUGGAAUGACACUACUCCAAAAGUGUGAUUUUCCCACCAUGAAGUUUUCACUCUACUUCUUGGCUUUUGAGGACAAAAAUGACAUCCCAAAAGAUAAAGGUGAAAGAACAGCUUGGACUUUUUCCAGGAAAGCUACACUUGAGUUAACACACAAUUGGGGCACUGAAAAUGAUGAGAACCAGGCUUAUCAUAAUGGCAAUUCAGACCCUCGGGGAUUUGGACACAUAGGAAUUGCUGUUCCUGAUGUACAAGGUGCUUGUAAAAGAUUUGAGGAAUUAGGAGUAAAAUUUGUGAAGAAACCUGAUGAAGGCAAAAUGAAAGGACUGGCAUUUAUUCAAGAUCCUGAUGGCUACUGGAUUGAAAUUCUGAAUCCUAAUCAUAUGAAAAUCCUCACUUAGAAAAAUGAAGUUCGGAGAUUUUUUAGAAGAUGUUUUGAAAAUAAGGAACAAUGUGAUUCAAGGUUGCUAGACUAAAGAAAGAAUGCAGUAUUUUAGUCCUCUCUCCUCUUGAAAUUUAUUCUUUAGUUAUAUUCAUGACCCACUUUUGGCUAUAUUUUACAUUUACUGUUCAUGUUUCAAAGCAUUGUGUGUCUUCCCACUAGUUGAAGUACUGUAGUUCCAGCUCUGUCCUUGAAUGUAGUCAUGCAUCUUUGCCUUUUAUGUAAUAAUUAGUGCAAUUCCUCCUCAGAGGUUGAUUUUGAAUUAGCUUUUUAUGCUUCCUGAGCAUCACUUCUCUUUGCCUUUUAACUUUUGUUUAACCAUAAUUUUCAAAAAAACUACUUAAUGUGAUUGUUUGUGAUAUCUUCUGAGAUUUCAAUGCCCUAGAAAUAACUUCACAAUAGAAAGUAAAGGAAGGUACACACCUUGAAAUUUAAUGUGAACUUCAAAUGGAAAAAUUAGAGAACUUAGUAUAAAGUAUUUAUUGUGUUUAAGCAGAUACCCUGAGAUGCAACUUUUAAAAUUUCAUCAGGUUGAUAAGAAUGAUAAAGUAUGACAAAAUAUUUUAAAAGUAGUUAUAGAAGCUUUUUUUGAGAUAAGUGGACACUUCAUUCUACUUAAGAUAUUUUCAUGUAAUCAAGACCUCAUUGAUUAAUUUUUUUAAAACCCUACUUUUGAGAUCAUGCAUCUGAAAUGAGAACCUUAAAAAUGUACCCUGAUAAGUCUUCUAUAUAGAUGUGAAAAUUUUUUCAUCAGCUCAUGGUCAGAUUCCUCAUGAAAAACUUCCUUCACCAUGGCUAGGCUUGUCCUCAGGCAACAGACAUAUUUAAUGUCUUUUCCUCUUGGCGUAGGAACUGCCUAAGCUUAUGCUCUGCUGGUAUAGACUUCAGGAAGCCAGAGUUGCCUCCACAUCAAAAUAAAGAAUUGGAAUAAAAGAUUACUUAUGUCAUACUGGUUGUAAAUCACAUUCAAUGAUCACUCAACACAGAAUUAACACAGGAACUGCUAAUCAGCAAAUGCCUCUGCUGUACUUCCCUAUCAAACUGACAUCCAUUUGAUCCAUUUUUAUAAUGUAGCUAGUCUUAAUACUCAUUAAUGUACUAUAAUAUAAAAUCUAGUUUCAUUUAGCAAUAUUUGCAAAAUGUAAUUGAUCCCUAUAGACAAUUCCAGUCAUGAUUGCACUCACCACACACGUCCAAUCUGUUGUCAAAUCUUGAUGUUCCCUCCUUUACAACAUCUUGUAGAAAUCCUUUAUUCUUCAUUCACACAACCAAGAUCCCACUUCAGCCCUCAUCACCUUUCCCCACGACUAUUGCAGCAAUUUUCUGGCUGAUCUUCCCAUCUCAAUUUCUUCCUAUUCCAACCUGUCCUCCUUUGAGCCGCCAUGGCGAUUUUUUUUUCCCUAAAAUGUUGGUCUGGCCAUGUCAUCCCCACCUACUCAGUGAUUUCCAGUAUCUUCUUAUUACCUCUAGGAUAAAAUUGGCUUUUUAAAACUCUUCAGAACCUUCCCUCCUCACUUUCUGGCACUCUGUUCCAGCACCACUGGCAGUUCCUCAAGCAUAAUACCUCCACCUAUCUCUGCACCUUUGCUGUUAGCCAGCUCUACCCCUAGAAUGUCCUGCCCUCUUCCCUCUGCUUCUUCAUUUCCAAACUUUCCCUUAAUCCAGCAGAUUUUUCCCACUCACCUUCUGGAAUGAGAUUAUUUUCCAUCUCUUAACUCUUUCUAGUUGUUUACUUGUCUCUCCCAGUAGAAUGUAACUCCUUCAGGCCAGGGACUUUGAUUUUUGCCUUUGUGCCCUCAGUAUUUAGAACAGUGGAUGGCAUAUAAGCAUUUAAUAAAUGCUUCUUGACUUGUAGAAGCACUUUACAGUGGCUAUUUGGGCUGAAUAAGACUUUUGUGAGUAAAAUUCAAAUUAGUACUAUAAGUUAAAUUAAAGUUUAAUUUCAAAUAAAA